UUGUGGAGGAGAGAGAGAUCGUGCGCUGGAUACUGAAAAAGAAUCAGCGUUUAGAUGAAUCGGGUCAGAGACAUAGGAAGAGAUACAGCAAUCUCACUGUGAAACUCUGUUUCUCAGGGACAAGUAGCUUGCAUUCCCAAAGGGGAAGCGACGGUGGCUUUAGGAAACGUGGUCUCUUGACAGAAAACAACAGGGAUCUUAAUUUUUGCGACCUAAUCUAUUGGUAAACACAGGUACUGUGGUAAAUGGGGGGAAAAAGAUCUACGCAUGAUCCAAGUUCAUGCGACGUAUGUCAUGCACACAUUUUCAGUGUGGUCUGAUGCAAGUGUAACAGCUAACACAUUUCAAUCAGGCUUUAGAUCGUUGUUUUUAUUAGUAAACGUCUGGUUGUUAAAUGGGCAAGUGGACAUGGACUGGCAACCACAAGACCUAAACCGAUCUAUGGACUCAAACAAGUGGGUGCUUUAAAUAAAAGGGGAUGGGCAUAGCAUGUAAAUCAAAUCUCGCUUGAACGGUAUUAAGAACGGACCAUCCUUUCUUAGGGUUAUGUGAUUGAAUGGGCAAGUUGCUGACUCGUUUUGCAAGCCGGAGCUGCUAGUGAACACGUGGAUUUCCCUUUCCCCAGAGCGAGCAUCUUCUUUGGUUACUGCUUUUACUGACAUUAACAUCUGGCGUAUAUUUAACUCUGGACACUUGCCUUUCCUCAAAGUAAGACAAUACUGAUCUAUGGUAAACGACUUUAAUUCUGUGCUUAAUGCUGCUUUGAGAUGAAGCGAAAGUCAGACACGGACUCUAAACAAAUUUCAAUAAACUGUAAACACACGACUUAGAGCCUCCAAACAUACAUGGAAAAGAAGAUUUAAAAGAAGACUUUGUACGAUCUGAUCCAAAACCUACAAAAAGAGAAGGCACAGAAAAAAAUAUGAAGAAAGACGGUGGGGUGAACAGCAGAAAACAAUCCGGCACAUCCCUGAAGGAAGACUGAACCUCAACUGCACAGAUUUCAAUAAAUAGAGAUGGAUCUGCAUACACUCAAGUGUUGGUGUUAGAACUGAAAAUGGGAUCUUUGGCUGCUGUAAACCACACUCUGAACAGUGGACUACAACUGGAUCUUACUCAAGGACAGAGGGCCCUGCAACAGCUAACUCGUCAAUACAAACAUGGGACGCUGUGGAAAAUAUACAUGAAAAGCAAGCAGAAGGAAAGAGAGAGACCAAAAGCGCAAGACUGAUCAGAAAUGUGGGCCACUAGGGAAAUAAGCACAAACCAAACUGAAGCAGUGAAAUAUUGAAGCUUUCUCCGUGAACACCUUCUUGUGCUCCAUUCAGCCAACCGACGGCCUUUAUUAAUAGAGUUGGGGGUACAUCUUCAGAAAUUCUUCCAUCUCUUGUAAUUUUUUAUACAAAGUGUUUUCAGGACAUUUAUUAAUCUUUGCCAAACUAGAACAAAGUAGUAUAGGACCAAAAGAUUCUAUUUUUUCAGCCUUGGACUUUGUAAUCAUUUUUCUUGCCUUGUUGUAAUUCAACAAGAAAGGUACCAUUAACUAGUCUUUCAUGACUGCUGCAGGAGCACAGAUGGCUUACCAUGGGGGGUUAGCAAUGAAUGCCCUCUGUUGGUGGGUGGCAAUAGUUACUUUAAUGCAGACAGUUGGUGUCAGCGGGGACUGUUGGCUUAUUGAGGGGGAAAAGGGCUUUGUGUGGCUGGCAAUUUGCAGCCAGAACCAGCCACCUUACGAGUCCAUCCCACAGCACAUUAACACCACCAUAGUCGACCUUCGACUGGACGAGAACAAAAUCAAGAGCAUUCACUACUCCUCCCUCAGCCGCUUCGGAAACCUGACCUUCCUGAACCUAACGAAGAAUGAGAUCUCCUACAUUGAGGAUGGUGCAUUUUCAGCCCAGUUCAACCUACAGACCCUUCAACUUGGCUUCAACAAGCUGAGGAACCUGACCGAAGGGAUCCUCAGGGGUUUGAGCAAGCUGGAGUACCUCUACCUCCAGGCCAACUUGAUUGAGACAGUGACCCCCAAUGCUUUCGGAGAGUGCCCCAACAUUGAGAACAUAGACCUCUCCAUGAAUCGGAUCCAACAGCUGGACAGCAUGACCUUCGUGGGGCUAAGCAAGCUAACCACAUGCCAGCUCUACACCAACCCCUUCUACUGCUAUUGUGAGUUGCUGGGCUUCCUUAAGUGGCUGGCCCAAUUCCCCAACCGAACAAAUGAGAGGAUGCUGUGUGAUUCUCCCCCCGAGUAUGCUGGUUACCAUCUCCUUAACCAGAACCCAGGCCAGCCCAACUACCGCAACGCUCUGAGCAUCCUCUCUUCUGUGUGCUCUGAUGACCCAGAGGUGCCAGCCUACAUCCCACCCCGCUUCAUCUCCACAAGCCCACCGCCACCAGAAACUCCAUGUGGGCUUGAGGACUGCAACUCUGGAUAUGAGCCCAGUGUUAUAAUAACUUUGAAUACCCCUUACCCUGACCCAAGUGCUAAGCCAAUUAUCAAACUCAUUGACGUAACACAAACCACUGCCACCCUUGUUGUGCAUAUUCCUUCCCACUACAGCAAAAUGUACAUUCUGGUUCUGUACAACAACAGCUUUUACACAGAUAUAAGAAACCUAAGAAAUGAAGAGCAGAUUAUUAAACUAGACAGUCUGAAAGCCAACACUGACUACACCUAUUGUGUGGCUUCAAUCCGCAACUCCCUGCGUUACAACCACACUUGUCUCUCUCUCACCACGACUGAAAAGAGACGAGGGGAGCCUGUAGCUAACUCCUCCACCGCCACCCACUACAUCAUGACAAUCCUGGGCUGCCUCUUCGUGAUGGUCAUUGUCUUAGGGGUGGUGUACUACUGCCUGCGCAAGAAAAGGCAGCAGGAUGAGAAGCACAAGAAGGCGUGUAGCAUAAAGAAGACCAUCAUCGAACUCAAGUACGGGGCCGAGCUGGAAAGUGGUACCAUCUCCCAGCUAACCCAAAAGCAGAUGAUGGCUGGGGAGAGCAUGCCCCGAAUGCCCUACCUGCCAUCAACUGGGGAAAUGGAGCACUACAAACUCCAGGACAUCAGCGAGACACCCAAAACUACCAAGGGGAAUUACAUUGAGGUGCGAACCGGGGAGCAACAAGAUCGGAGAGAGUGCGAUAUGUCAAUGCAGGGCAACAACCAAGGGUCAGUGGCAGAGAUCUCAACUAUCGCAAAAGAAGUGGACAAAGUCAAUCAGAUCAUUAACAACUGCAUUGAUGCUCUCAAGUCAGAGUCCACCUCCUUCCAAGGGGUGAAAUCAGGAGCAGUGUCCACCGCAGAGCCCCAGCUGAUGCUGAUCUCAGAGCAGCCGCAGAGCAAGUCUGGCUUCCUGUCCCCUGUGUACAAGGACAGUUACCACCACCCCUUGCAGCGGCACCACAGCAUGGAAGUGCCUCCCAAGCGCUCCAGCACUUCCUCCAGUGGUUCCAUCCGGAGCCCAAGGUCCUUUCGCUCAGAGGGGGCCUACAAGUCAGAGGCUAAGUAUAUAGAGAAGACUUCUCCCACGACUGACACCAUCUUAACAGUCACGCCGACAGCAGCCAUCCUGAGAGCAGAGGCCGAGAAAAUGAGACAUUACAGUGAGCAUAGGCACUCGUACCCCGGCUCUCACCAGGGGGAACAACUUGAGGGCCCAGAGAGCCGCAAACCAUCCAUCCUGGAGCCACUGACCCGUCCUCGGCCCAGGGACCUGACCUACUCCCAGCUCUCACCGCAGUACCACAACCUCAGCUACUCCUCCAGCCCCGAGUACUCCUGCAAACCGGCACACACCAUCUGGGAGCGCUUCAAACUCCACCGCAAGCGCCACAAAGAGGAGGAUUACAUGGCGGCCGGGCACGCAUUGCGUAAAAAAGUUCAGUUUGCGAAGGAUGAGGACUUGCACGACAUUUUAGACUACUGGAAGGGCGUGUCAGCCCAGCACAAAUCUUGAUUCCUCUCAGAUUUCCUUUUCAAAUUUGGACUAAAAUUAAAACAGAAAAAAAAAAAAUUGAAAAUGAAAAAUGAAACUCUUCUGCAGCUAUUUUUAUUCAGAUCAAGUUUCUGGACAAAAACAAUUAAAAAAUAGAGUCUCGCAUUUGUGGGUUUAUGCACCAAAUUAAAAGAAAAGAACUUUGAAAAACUGUAUAAAUGGUCUUCAUCUUUGUUUUUUUAAGAAAAACUUAAACUUAAAAAAAAAAAAAAGCAUUGGAAUAUAAUUAUUUGGGUAUCGCAUGGCCGUGUCCUGUGACUGUGAAUUAACUAUUGUGUACUUUGAGAGAAAAACAAAAAACAUAAAACAAACCCUUGUCCGCUGAACACUCUGUAUUGAAGACUCUUUAACUGUGUAUAUGUUUGUCAGAGGACUGCACCCACACGCACACACUUUUCUCACUCUGCAUUGUAAAGUAAUUAUUUAUCAGUGAAUUCUACAUACAAAAAAAUAUAUAUGUACAGAUGAAAUUUCUAUAUUUGCAAUGUUUGCUGUAAAAACAAAUAUCACCUGUUUGUACCAGGUUUUAACCAUGGAUAUAAGAGACAAGUUCUUCAUUUUUAUGUCUCAAAUGAAUGUCUCCCUGUCCUUAUGGAUAAAAAUUGCACUGUUCAAUGAAAUGGUACAUUCUUCUACAAAAUACCCUGAUUUUUUUUUCUGUCUAUCGCAUAUCUUUUGCAGAAAUCACAAAUCAUUCUGCACAAAACUAACAGUAUAGAUUUAUCGUCUCUGAUUUAAUUCUAUUUUACCAAAGUGCUGUGGUAGCAAGCCCUUACAGGCUCUGCUGGUAUCUCAGCCACUAAUUCAAACCUACAGAUCUGAGGACAGAUGUAUAUUUUACAUAAUAAUAAAAAAUGGCAGGUUUUGUUACAAGCUGUAGUUGGGUUAUUCACAGCCCACUCCUCCCCUCUCCUGUAGAAUCGCAUACAGUACAUUUCAAAUAGAUUUACAGUAUUUUCCCUCCUGACAAAACACAAUAAAAAUCCCACAACUAAUAUAAAAAAAAUAUGUUAUGUCAUUUAGGCUAUGGAAAUGCUCUUAAACAAAGAGCUUUUCACCAGAACUAAGAGGUUAAAUGUUAAUACAAGCAGAUGUCUCAAUCAUCCAGGUGGAAUCUUAAUGAUGUAAUGCCAGAUAUUUGAACGACCUCCUUUUGCAGCAGAAACCCACAUUCUGAACAAAAGAUACACAAAAAAUAGGUGUUUAUAGAAAGCACACAAAACUCAGUUGCUCCCAAUUACACAAGUACAGUAUUCUGCUUAACACUAUAACCUCAUUUGGUCAGCAACAACACAAUGUCAUUUAAAUACAGACAUAAUUGCUAUAUUCUGUGAAUCAUUUUGCUCGCCAGGGAAAUACAUUCUAGAAUAAUAGACUAAGCAAAGGUGACAUCUACAGAAAUGAAAAAAGACACAAUGCAGGCUGUGUAUGUCUUUAGGGUGUACUACAGACCCAUGUCAGAGCAACAACACUCAAAGCUCCAAGGGCCAACCAGACUGUAUAUGUAGUGUUUUAUAGUCCUGCCUCACAGCCCCCACAGGUCACAGCUGCCACAACAAUGUAUGUCUUCAAACUGAAGUGUUUAAAUUAUUUUGUCAUGGAACAGUACAAGUUUCUACUGUACAUGGUGUAGAUGUCUCAGGACUUGUGGAGCUUUCACAACAAAAGCAGCUGAGUUCCUGGGAGGCUUUAAAAAUAAAUAAUAAUGGCCUGGAUGCAGAACUUGGAUAAAGCGGUCCUCCUACCAAUUAUUGGGAAAAAUGAAAAAGUGGUAGACUGUAAAGCUGAGGGAACACAAAGUCACUUUGUGGCUUGAAAUUUGGUUUCAGGAAACUAAGGAAAUUUGCUUUCAGGCCACUGCAUGACACACCCGAGGAGAUCCAGGUCUCUCAGUCUCCUGGAUCCAUG